GAUUGGAAGGUUAUUGAAUUGUUCAAAAAAGGCUCAAUCGAAAAAAAGAUUGUUUAUCGUUAUAUAUAAAUGCUUCUUAAUCUUUCAUUUCAUUUUUAAACCUUUUUUUUUCACAAAAAUCAUAAAAAAUGGUUGUUAGGUUAAUGCAAUUAUUUACACUUUUAUUAUCAAUUGGUUUGUUGGCAGCGGUAAUUUUAAGUUUCAGUUUUGUGAAGCUUCCAGAUAUAAAACAGCAACCAGAUCGUCACACUGGAUAUCCGACAUGGCAUGGAGAGAUCGAAGGAUACAAUUAUGAUCAAAAUGAUGCAGUAAAUACAUUGACCGUUGUAUUGCUUGCAAUAACCGGUACUAUAGGCUUGAAGAUAGUUAAUCACCCUCCAACGAAUCAAAAACUUAUCACUCGCUUCUACACCAUUACUGAUGAUAGCGAUGCAGAUAUUAAUGGCAUACCAACGAUUGGUUUUAAUCGUUUACUUGUCCUUUAUGUCUGGACCACAUUUGCAACUGUUCUUUUUGCUAUAUUUGUUGAUGUAGGAAAAUUAUUUAGCGCAGUUGGAAUACUUCAUAAUGCAACUGAAAUGGCAAUUUUGACCUUGAUUGGAAAUGGUGGUAGAAUAAAGGGCGGAUCUUUAUUUGCUUGGUUAUUAUUUUAUAUCUUGUCCGCUAGUGCCGCUGUAAUCUUACUUGAUUUCCCUAAAGAUGCGGCCUUAUUUAAAUUCCAAGGUUUAAUUAUGGACAUUGCUUUAGUUAUUGAGUUCACACGCAUUUAUAUUUCCACAAAAGAACACAUUCGCGAAGCUGAAAGGGAUACCCUUCCCUCAUUGAAUCCUGAUGAAGACGAUAAUAAUAUUAACGAUAACACUCACGGUACUUACAUCCCAAUCUUACCAACUACAAUUGAAUAUCCUAAACAUCUUCUUGUUUUACUCCUUGCAUCGGGUAUCCAUCUUGCUGGAAACAUUUUGAACAUAUUGUUCUUCUCUAAGAAUACACCUUUACUUAUUUUUGAGCUCAGUUAUUCUACAGUUUUCCCAAUUUACGUUUAUUUUGUAUAUUUGGAUACUACAGCAACUAGUAUUUUACCGCAAAAACGUAUUUAUUUACCGUAUACACCUACAUGGAAAGCAAUUUUAAUAGCAAUUAAUUCAAUCACAUUAUCCUUAUUUUUCUUCCGAUUAAGUUUCUUAUUCUCUAACAAUUCUGAUUAGUUAAUGAUUGCCUAUAAGUUUCUUUAUUAGCUUUGUAUAAUGAUUUAUUAGGCCCAAUUUUCUCUUUUUAUUUUAGGAUUCCCAUUAUUUUCUUUUAAAUGACGUAUUGAGAUUCACAAUCUUACGAAAAUUCUAUAAUUCUAAUUCAGUUAUCAUGUAUAUUCUUGAGUUACAUUCUAAAUUUAAAAAAGGUUAUUCCAUAUACUGUAAGGGGUAAUUCACAAAUUAAAGUUUUUUUAUUUAUGUAUUCCCUGAAUUGAUAAUCGAUAAUCUCAAAAAUUAUUAUUAUUAUAAUAAUAAACAAAUAUCGUGUGAUCAUUUACAGAUGUUGAUCUCGUUUCGCCAUUACCAUCACGUGAUAUAAACAAAAAUCAGUUUUAAUUUAAAAUUCACCUAGUUUUUUUUAUGCUCUACUUAUAGGAAUUAUUUUAUAUAGUUUCUUUUGGACUGUAGUCACUGUACUAAUGAUGCUCUUUCUGCGAAAUAAAAAUAAAA